UUAUCACGUGGUUAUCAACUUCUCGUCGCCAGUCACAGUCACGUUGCCGCUUUCCAGUCAUGUUGCGAUCCGGGCUUUCUCGAGUACUCCAACCGCUGCGACUAGCGGCGCGUAGAAUGUGUGAUGACGUCGAAGCAGCACCGAGAGAGUUCUACAUCAACAAAGUGCAACUGUUAGGUCGCGUUGUAAGCGAUUUACGAACGUAUGGUAGAGCCGACAAUCCUGCACUCGCAUUCACUAUGGUCACACGACGUCAAAUUCACAGGAAAGAUAGAGAGACGGGAGAAAAGGCAAUGUUUUUGAAAGCAGAAUAUACGCAGAUUAUUGUAUAUGGUGGACCGCUGCAAGUGCUUGUACAACAGGUUGUGAAGAAUGGAUCUCGUGUCCUGGUGAGUGGACGUCUCCAAACAGCCAUCACAGCAGUUCCAGGUUCAGACCCAAAACGCUACCGCACAAGCGUAGUCGGCUCUUCUGUACUACCAGUAAGUGAAGUAGAUUCGGUUGAAAUGCCAGAACUACGAGACGACAUAGAAGGAUCGGAAGAUUUUAUUAGUUUUGAUGAUGAACCACACACGUAGGGAAAGAAGAUUGUUAGCUAGAUGUCUCAUUGUUUCUCUUCAUACUGACGUUUGUAUCACACAAGACUCAUGUGUAGUGAUAUUAAUGACUUUAGGAGGUGUGUGUCUGUGUGUAUGUUUAUGUGUUGGUCCAAUGGCUAUCAGUGAUGAGAAUACUUCUGUUGCCGAUUGGUAUGUUUGUUGUAUUGUUUUUAUUUGCGGUUUGUUUGUUUAUUUGUCUGGAUUGUUGUCAUUUUUGUUUACAUAGAAAUUGAGAUUUAAGAUGAAAUUAUUGGAAUCGGA